GGAAAUUGGAAUGACCAGGAAAAGACCCUAUAGUCGGGUUAGGGUUGCGCAUACUAAUCCAAAGAAAGUAGCCAAAUGAAGUCUUUUGCAAAGUCGCAACUAAAGUAAUAAAAAGCCCCUCUUCGCUUCUGUCUCUGUCUCUGUCUCUGUCUUUGUGAGUGUUUCCGGGCUCUGUUUCUCGACGACGGCAAUGGACAAGUCACAGAAGAAGCAAGUCUACUUGUUCUACUGCGCCGAAUGCGAAGACCUUGCUCGCCAGGUCGCUUCUCAGUCAGACCUCAUUACUCUCCAGACCAUCAAAUGGAGGAACUUUGAUGAUGGGUUUCCAAACAUUUUCAUCAACAAUGCACAAGAACUUCGAGGCCAACAUGUUGCCUUUCUUGCGUCCUUCAGCUCCCAAGGAGUUAUCUUUGAGCAGCUGUCUGUAAUAUAUGCACUCCCCAAGCUGUUUGUUGCAUCCUUCUCUUUAGUAUUGCCUUUCUUCCCAACCGGUUCCUUUGAACGAAUGGAAGAAGAAGGGGAUGUUGCAACUGCAUUUACCAUGGCGAGAAUGUUGUCAAAUAUUCCCAUAUCAAAAGGUGGCCCAACCAGUUUAGUCAUUUAUGACAUACAUGCUUUACAGGAAAGAUUUUACUUUGGGGACCAUGUUUUGCCUUUGUUUGAGACUGGAAUCCCUCUCUUAAAGGAACGGCUCCACCAGCUUCCUGACUCUAAUAAGAUUGUUGUGGCAUUUCCGGACGAUGGAGCUUGGAAGCGAUUUCACAAGCAGUUGGAUCAUUUUCCCAUGGUUGUCUGUAAUAAGGUUCGUGAAGGAGAUAAGAGGAUAGUUCGAAUCAAGGAGGGAAAUCCUGCAGGGUUUCAUGUAGUCAUUGUUGAUGACUUGGUUCAAUCUGGAGGCACCUUAAUCGAGUGCCAGAAAGUUUUGGCAGCUCAUGGUGCAGCCAAGGUUAGUGCUUAUGUCACCCAUGGAGUAUUUCCUAAGCGCUCAUGGGAGCGUUUCACUCACAAGAAUGGAGAGUUGGAGAACCUGUUUGCCUACUUUUGGAUCACAGAUUCCUGCCCACUUACUGUCAAAGCCGUAGAAAAUAAAGCACCCUUUGAGAUCUUAAGUCUUGCAGGAUCCAUUGCUGAUGCUCUUCAAUAGACAAAAAAACACAAGUGAGAUAAUGUGUAUCCGAUGACAGCAAGAUGUUAUUAGGGAAAGGCCCACAACAUCAGAAGGCUAUUUCAGAUUAAGUUGCCUGGAGUCUGAGAAGGCUAUUUAGAUUUUAUGUUACUAAUAACCCGACUGAAAUGGGGUUGCUGUCUGAAAUUCCCUGUAACUUUAGAACUUGUCAUGUUUGAAUACAGAAGGAUCUGUCUGAUUUUAUGCGGAUUCACUCGUGUCAUAGACGCAUGUGAUUGUUUCUCAGGAUAAACAAAAGGUGCUGAAUUUUAAUUAAGUGGUA